UGUGUGCUUAACUCCAUUGAACUAAACUAAAUAGGGAAGAAAGCCUUUAAUGCCGUCAAUAAGCCGCUUCAUUCAGCAGCGCGGCCCAGACGCACAGCUCUGCGGAGUAGAAAUUACGUACGGAGCGACUGCUUUGUGGCAUCAGUUUAGGAAUUGAAAUCAGUUCAAUAAAUCGGAGGAAUGUUCUUCAUUAAAAAAAAGAAAGAAAGAAAAAAGAAAAAAGUUUGAAUCAAACUAGAAAACUUUCAAACAUUCCUCUCAGCACUUGAUAACGAGAUCAUUUGUCCCCCAGGCUGAAUUUGCGUAAAAGUAUUCGGAACAGGAAUCUCUCUCUCUCUCUCUCUCUCUCUCUCUCCUCUCUCUCUCUCUCUCUCUCUCUCUCCCUCUCCUCUCUCUCUCUCUGAGUGUGUGUACGUGUGUAAGAGGAAUACCCAGCUGGUCCCACAAGCCCUAUAAUACCAAGCACAACAUGCUCUACCUUCAAUGAAAGCUGAGACGGAGGGACGGUUGACUGCUGGUCCCGAAAUCAUCUCAGAGCGUCUGUGUUUUAGCAGAUCAGGUCUCCUUCAUCUGCUUUAUCACACACACUGCUUCUCAUUUACUUUUCCUCGCUUUAGACCUGAAACUUAUAAAAAGAAAAAAAAAAAAAAAAAAAAGGAAAAGAAAAAAAAAAGGCAGUGAUACACCUUGGAUAAGCCAGGCACCUUUCUUGCUGUGACCGGUGCCAAAGGCGAUGGUAUCACUUUCGUACAGAGGACUCUCUUCAGGUGAUGGUAUGUCUUUCUGGAGAUAGGCAACUCUUUUUGGAGCCGUGCUAAGUUUUUAUAACUGUCAUUUUUUAUUUUAUUUUUUUUAUUGAUACCUUUCCUUUGGCUGAAGCAUGGCACUCUACCCGCGGUUUGUGGUCGUGCUCCUCUACGGAUGGAGUUAUCUAUGCGUUCUAUACUGCGCGAUGCUGAAAACGGACAAUUUCCCCGAGAGACGAAAGGUGGAUUUUACGCACUCACUGGAUAAAAAGUACACAACGAAGGAAGACCAGGACCUGCUUUUACAGGAUACAAUGACAGAGCACAUGCAGAUGCUUUACGCGAAGUACAACCGUGCUGGAUAUCCGUUCAAGGACGGCAACACUGUUCGCAGUUUUAAAGCGCACUGGGGUACUAUAAACAAGAAACAGCUGCAGAUAUUCAACCUCACCUCCCUCACCAAAUCAGAAGACGUUCUGUCGGCCACUCUUCAUUAUUACAUCGGAGACCUCCAGAACAGCACCCAGGGUUGUUCCAGGUCUAAAAGCUGUGCCCGCCAUGGGCCGCGGAGGCACAGCCACAUCCACAUGGUCAUCUGGAGUUUCGCCUCGGUGGACAACAAGAUGAGGACUCUAGGACAAUUUCGGAUAAACGUGUCCACCCUUUACAGGGACUUCAUAUCUUGGCAGUGGAAGGAUAUAACUCGCGUGGUCAACCAGGCCAAACACCACGACGAGCUGCUCAUUGGGAUUGAAGUGGCCUCGCAGGGGCCCCAGCAGUGGAAGAAGCUCCUCUCCGACCGCUCGCCCUACAUCCUGGUCUACGCCAAUGACUCUGCCAUUUCAGAGCCCGAAAGCGUGGUAGCCACUCUCCAGAGGCACCACUCCUCGGUGGGAGGCGAUAGCUCCGUUUCGCACAGCUUCCACAAACUGGGACUGCGAGAGCGAAACGACACAGAGCGAGAACAGCCUCAGCCCAGACAGAAGCGUUCAGUGAACGUUCUUCUCCCUUUGCAAAACAAUGAACUCCCCGGGCCCGAGUAUCCGUACGAGACGACCGGGUGGGAUGAGACGAGUCCAUACGAGCCUUACGAAAACAAGCAGGCCCGGCGACCGCGGAAAAAGACACGCAAGAACCAGCGGCACAAGAUGCCCCUGCUGCAGUUUGACGAGCAGACAAUUAAAAAGGCGCGAAAGAAGCAGUGGAACGAGCCCAGGAACUGCGCUCGGAGAUACCUGAAAGUGGACUUUGCUGACAUUGGAUGGAGUGAAUGGAUUAUAUCACCUAAAUCAUUUGACGCCUACUACUGCUCAGGGUCCUGCCAGUUCCCAAUGCCUAAGGCCCUGAAGCCCUCCAACCAUGCCACCAUCCAGAGCAUAGUGCGGGCCGUGGGCGUUGUCCCUGGCAUCCCUGAGCCGUGCUGCGUCCCGGAGAAAAUGUCUUCCCUCAGCAUCCUCUUCUUCGACGAAGACAAGAACGUGGUGCUGAAAGUCUACCCCAACAUGACUGUAGAUUCCUGCGCAUGUAGAUAGUUCCUUUUCCCUUCUAUGCCUGUCCGCACGCACCUCAUACCACACAGAGAAGUAAAAUUAAAACAAAUAUAUAUAUAUAUGUAUAAAAAAACAACAACACUUGCAGUCUCACACACUCACAUUCAAACAUCCAUUGAACGCAACUUCCCUUUUGCACUGGAGGAGAGUACCGCCUGUUGUUUCAGGUGAAGAGGAGACUGGUCUGUUCGUGGGAAGAAAUGGAUCGUGUGAGUUAUCCUCGUGGAAGAUUAAGUCAAAUCUUCAACACUCCGACUCCGCCACUGUUCAUGCCUGUAUUUAUCGUUGCUGCUCAGUGACAGCAGAAUGGACGCCAUCAUAAACUCAAUCGUCAAGACACACUAACACCGACCGGGGGGCCGUAAAAAGAGACAGAAACCGAAGGAAGACGUUCACAUUUCAGGAAAAAAGUUGAUCUCAGCCUCGAACUGACGACUUUAAAGUUGGGGGGUGGGGUGGGGAGGGGGGCAUUCUCUACUUUUCUCUCCUUCAUAGCUCGAAGUUUUUUCUUCGGUCACUACCACAAGGUCACCUCUGCUCGCACUUGCAUGGUUUUUGUUACUUAACGUGUAAGUAUUUAUGUCUGUACUAUCACUGUGUUAUUCACUAUAUGCAAAGUUAUUGUAUGAUUAUUGGCUUGGCUGCUAUAGAGGGUUAUAUUAGAUUCCAAAGCCAGAAUUGUGAUGUAGACUCGUAGAUGGCCUAUUCGUGUUUAGAUCCCCUUCGCAUCGCUCCAUUGUUGUACAGUAAACCACAUUUUAUACGCGGAAGAGUAAGCUACUUGUUGGGGGAGGGGAGGGGGAGGGGUUCAUUAACAGUUGAGACGGGGAGAUAUUUCAGGAGACACGUUUAUGAGUUUUUACUUCAAUAAAAAAAAAAAUCUUAAAGCUUUGGAAGGAAACCUCAAAAUAAGAAACUGCUACAGAGCAUAGACUGUAUAAAGAUGGGCAAGCUAAAGCAAGCAGAGCUCCCCCUGGUGGCCGGCUCCAGUAUAGGUCAUAAGCUCCACCCCCCCUCAGCUAAAACACUAAACACACCUCUAUUACAUUUUUUUUUUCAAGGAUGCUUUCAGUUAGGUAGUUAAUAUGAUGUUGAUGCAUAUUUUUAGUUUAUUUAUUUGACACCAUGGAAAAAGGAUGUGACAUCAUGAUAGUUGCCAUGCCAACCACUCCAUGAAGCAGUCCCGUAGGACCAUGAGAGUUGGAAAAAAAUAAAUUCAUUAACAAGUACAGGGUAUAAUCCCACUUUUCUUUGUAACUGGUGGAAGCAGAGCAGAGUUGUAUUAAUUAAAUAAACGAAAACGAGUGAGUCUGGAGGAAGUGUGGGCGGGGUCAUUUAAUAAAAGUGACUCCGAGUGGCUUCACUCUCAGACUCUGGCUCCAAAGACGGUCUCCCUUACCGUCAGAAAAAUAGCUUCAGUUUGGCCAGUGCCAGGAAGUGGGGACGCAUUGUCCAUAUUUAUAUACAGUCUAUGCUACAGACUCUGCUACGGACUCUGAUACGAGCUAACUCAUUAUUUCAGAACGUGUUUCCUUCAAAUUAUGUGUUGCAUUUAAAGCACAGAGUUACAUUUUUUGAACAGAAAAAAAAAAAUAGAAAUGGACAGAAUGCUUUUAGAGAUCAUUAUACUCUGCUGGUCUGGAAUCAGUUUCGCUUCAUGUAUCCUUAUACUUACAUAUCAUAUUUUGUCUGGAUCUCACAAAUGUUCUUAAGCUCAUCUCAAAGUUGUUGUUUUUUUUAUUUUUCAAAGAAAAAACUGGAAAGACUAUUUACACCAAAUGGGUUUCAUAUGGGUCUGCGGGUAAACGAGCAAGCUGUGCCAUCAGAUUAACUUCCCAUAAUGAAAACCAAAAACACAACACACAGCACACAUCGAGUGAUCAGGGACUCGUUUUCCAGGGUCACACAUCUUCGUGUUGCAUUUGACCACACGCGCCUGGAGGAGUAUUUAGUCGCGCAUUGUUGCCACAGUUCACAAAACCAAAUAUUUAUUCAGAGCAAAUAGAUUUACCUAUAGUGGCAAACUCUCUUCUACAGACACUGUGGUUGUAUAUAGCUCAGCGUGCUGUGUUCACGUCACUCUGACGCCUCUUUGAAACAGAAGCGGUUGCGGUUUGAUUCACAGGACGUCGCUCGUUCAGAGACCUGAGCUCAAGUCAAAGCAAAGCGGCUCAGAAUAUUUUUUAUGGUACAGAAACAUGCCUGCAAAGAGUGAACACGGUGCGUUUUCUUUUGAUAAGUAUGAUUGCCGGUGGAAUUUUAUUCUAAAGUGUAUCUCAGAUAAUUCACUAUUUUGAUAUUCCAGUGACCUUUUAAAAGGCAGAUGGUUGAACUUUAUAUAUUUUAUACUGACACUUUUUACAGUUUGUGCUUCCUCAUCUUGUGCCUACACAGAUUUUUUUUUUUUUUAGAAAUGCAUGCUAUAGAAUGGAGCCACUUCCUCACAGUGUGCAUACGCUGACUGGUGGUGAUUCGCUUUCAGUGCAUUUUUCUUCUACUUUUUAUUUUAUUUUAUUUUUGCAUUUGAGACUUCCUUUUUUUUUGAGUGCAAGUAUGAAUCAGUACAUUUUAGUUACAGUACCGUAUAUCAGAGCUUAACUUCACUGUUCCAUCUUACCUUGUAAAUGUUAUUAUGUUGUAGGUAAAAAAAAAAAAAUGAAAUGCUUGUACAAUAAGCUUCAUGAAAUAUAUUUGUAUAUGGAAAAAAAAAGACCUUUAACAUGCAUCUAUUUAUUUUCUGUAUGUUGCAUAUCUUGUAGAGGUGUGGUCUGGGUAAAGGGGGACCGAAGCUCAGAGGUUGUUCAUGGUCUUUAUAUCAUCUGUGAUGGACAUGUUGUCACUGCUGAUGUGAAAGCGUGGUGAACUUAUUCCAAGGUUUCCCCCCGCUCUGAGCUCUGACCCUCCUCCCGAAGCAUUCAAAGAAAUGAAUAAAAAAGUAUUCAAGACUUCGA